UAGACAGACAACCAUUUGCACCUAUGGGCAAUUUAGAUUUAUCAGUUAACCUAACCCCAUGUCUUUGGGAGUGUGGGAGUAAGCUGAAGUAGAACCCAAACACACGUGGAGAACAUACCACACAGAAAGACCCUGGACUUGAACCCAGGACCUUCUUGCUAUGAGGAAACAGCCCUUACCACUGCACCACCAUGCUGCCCUAUCUGGCAUUAUAGUGUGUCAAUUUGGACAGGAGCACUUAUCCCCUGUUAGGCUUAACAAGUGUCUCUAAAGAACUUGUGGUGUUUAGGUGGAACUGAAAAUGGAGCUUCUAGCUCGGGAGCACAUCUGUGGCUAAUGUUUAGUUGCUUAUUUUAGUGUGCAAAUAACCCCCACUAGUUAGCUUUGGUUCCUGUUUGGUGGUCCGGGUGGGUCUGUCAGACCAAAUGUCUUAUGAUGAUGAGAAAAAAAACCCUUGUCAGUACACAGCCUCAAAUAUUUCUUCUCCCACGUCUUCUGAGUGCGACCAGCUUUGUCUGUUGGUUUAAGAGACAAUAAACCACACAAGAAGAAGAGGAUUUAUUCUUUUUAUUUGCAUCAUGCAGAUUGAACGUGUUGCAUAAUGAGGUUGAAUAGCCACAGCUACAUAUAGCAAAUAACAUUUAAGUGUUAAACAUGUGUUCAACAUUAAUAAACAAUUCAGCUUACCUUCUGUUUCCAUGUCAUUCCUCUCCAGUGUCAGUAUAUCCUAUAGCAUCUAACUGAUAUGUGAAGAAUACUUAUGUACAGUAAUAUAAAAAACUGGUCUUAAAUCAUUAAAAUAUAAAUAGCUGGACCGACAUACAUUGAAUUUACUUAAUAGCUGGAUGAACAUGAAAAAUAUUUAUUAGAAUUUUAGACUCACAUAUCCAGCUCAGUAUCUUCUUAAAGUGUAACAGGUUGAUGCAUAGCCACAGAUUAUCUUUGUACUCCCCUGUGUAAUGUUAUAAAAUAGGGCCUCAAAAAAGUUAGAAACGGCCCUGCCCCUUUUUCAGUGAGGGAUUUUUUUUAUCCGCCAUUUUAUCCUGGUCAUGUUUUUGUAUGUUAAUAAGACGGCUGUGCUUCUUUCUAGGAUUCCAGUUAAGUGGGUGGUUCCAGCUGGAAAGAUUUGAAAAUCCUCCUGAAAGAGUCAGAGAUGAUGUCAAAGAGAUUUGCAGAGACAAACAACUGAGGAGAAGCAGCAGCAAAUUUCUCUUUGAUUUUAAGUGAAUGAAUAAACCAAAAUCAUCUGGAAAACCGGAAAGAGUCGGACACAGUGUCAAAGUGUUUUGUAGCCACAAACAACUCAGCCAGACGGGAGCAAAAGCAGCCAUCUGUAGCUCCGUGUCCAGUGAUGAAUGGAAGGCCACUGUUGUAAAAAGCAUUGACGCUCUGGUUACAUCCUGUGUUGUGGUACCAUGUUCAUUCUCCCAUACUGGAGGAAACCUGCCCUCCUCCAGACUCAGAGCGAUGUGGCACGAUAAAGGCAAAACACCAGAUACUAAAGGAAACAACAUCUUUCAUAGUGAUGCUACACUGAUUAAGGACAACUUUAAGGGCCGAACAAAGAUGUUGGGAGAGCUGAGCCAGAACAACUGCACCUUAGAAAUAACUGAAAUUAGAAAUCAUGACAAUGGCCCUUUCUGUUUUAGAGUUGAACUAGUAAAAUCAGAAGGCAAUGAACCCACCAAGGACAUGUUCUCCUUUGUUGAAGACUGCGUCGAGUUGAACAUGAUCACUGAGCCUCCAACGCCUACAUUGAUCCAACCAAUGGCAGCCACUCAAGGAGAGCCCUACAUUGUCAUCUGUUCAGUCAUGCACACCUGUCCAACCCAUGUACCUACACUUACAUGGAACUGGAAGACAGAAGGGAUCAUUAUGUUCCAUAGACGAAUUCAUUCUGGCAACUGGGAGACACAGUCCAUCCUGAAAUUUAUUCCUGAGGAGACGGAUGAUAACAGAGAGCUGACAUGCACGGCUGCAUUUAAUGGAGGGCUGAAAUCAUCUGCAACUUUCACACUCGGUGUAAAACGUAUUGAGAACUAUAAUCACAUCAUCAUUCCUGCUGUAGUGGGGAUUGGUACAGCUCUGCUCUUUGGCAUCUUCUGCAUUUUCAUGGCAAAAAAAUACAAGAACCACAUUGCAGAGCUUCAAAAUCAAGAAGGAACCAUGUGGAACAGGCUUUCCAGAUUAUCUCGCAGGCAAUGGGUGAAAUCACUCACAACUUCUGUCGGAUGCCAGGACCUCACCGACAUAAACCUGUCUUCAUACAGCCGCUGGUCUGCUCAUAGCGUCUCCAUUUCACGCACCUGCUUGCCUAACUGCCCAGCUUGCUAUGGAAUAGUGUUUUCGGCCAUUACUCAUGCCUCACCCGGACCCUUUGCCUCCCCCUGCACCACUGGCUCAGGGAGCCCCGCUUUGCAAUCCUCCCUUGCCCUGCAGUACAGGGUUCCUGCUCUGGAAAAUACCCAGUGUCGGGUUCCCUGGCUGCUGCCCCUGACGGCAAGAGACUAAUUCACUGGACUCUCCCACAGCACAAUUCUUGUUCAUAGCUCAUGGUCACGGUUUACAUUGUUGUGCCUUUCUUAGCGCUGUCUAGUUAAAUCUUAGUAUAUACUAGUUCAUUGCUUGCCAUAGAAAUGUUUGAGUUGUUUUCAUAGUGUUAGUGUUUGGCGCUCCACAGAAAGUAUUGUGAAUAUUUUCAUAGCGUAACUCUAGUGACCUGUGCUCCUCAGUAUCAUUGAAGUUCAUAGUUUAUUCUAGCAUUUGUUUUUUAAUUUCCUCCAGAGGUUAUAUUAGUGCCUCUCGCUCUUAAUUCAUGGUUUUUGGUUUUUUGCGAUUAACUACUCCCCACUGUGUGUCACACCUUGUUUGCUGCAAUAAACAAUCGCGUUACAUUCA